AUGGGUAAUCAGGAACGUGAGAAGCAUGAUCAUGGAACGCAAAGCCCAUUUAGAAACGAAAGGCAGCAAGAUCGCCCUUAUUAUGAUUACCAACAAGCAGGCGGCCAGGACGUAGGCUGCGUCACACAAGAACGACAUCACUACGAGAGUACGGUGUCUUCUGGAUCACGACCAUCAUUCAAUCCAUCACAGCAGUCAUGGAGUCCAUACCCGGAUGACCCGCCAGCGUAUGGUGCUGAAACCCCAGCAUCUCUGCCGCACGCCAUAGAGAGGAUACCAACUAUCCAACCUACGUUUCGCGAAGUACCACUUGAGAAAUUGAUUGCAAUUCCAUCUGCCACUUCCAAAAGAGCAUCGCAAUUCUUGAGAGCUUACUCACCCUCACUGGCGUCCUUCGCGAUUUCAGAGGCCGAGUUCCUGCAAUUCCUCGACACCUUGAAUGAUGUAUGCAAGACAUCACCACCACUAGAAGUACUCUCGAUUGUGGGAAGCAUCGUUGGACUAGUCCCGCUCGCCACAGCACAGAUCGCCGGCACGGCGGUAAACAUAGCCGCAGAUGUGGGUGCCGGUGCUCUGACGUAUGGCAGGAGCGAGAUGGAAUUGCGAAAGGCCAACAAAGAGCUCUUUGUGCCACGAGGCUUGAAAGUCGAGAUUGCUAAGCUCGAUGCCGUGGCGCGACUGGCAGGAAUACCGAUACUCGACGACAGCGGGAAGUUCAACAAGAAAGUGCAAUUGCUCGGGUCGAUCGAUGAGGUGGACCUCGAUAUCAGCACCACACAACGACGACUUGACGCCAUGCAGCCGUGGAUCGCACCCCUUGAGAUUCAUGGCCCACGGGCUUCAGUCACACCCCAAAACAAACUAAGUCAAUUGAAUACGAGUCUCGACGAGAAGAUCAAGAUGAGGAAGGAACAGAAAAUGCUCUCCAAGCGACGAGAAGUGCUGCAAGACUAUGAUGACGACUCUAAAAAAGUCCAGUCCAAAGUCGAGAGAGACACGCGCAGGGCUGAAGAGGACUUGGCCAAAGAGAUGGAGAAGAUCCAGAGAGAAAUUGAUCGGGCCGAGUUAAAAGCUGAUCGCAAGCCUGAAAAACAGCAGGAGAAGAUCGAAAAGCUACGACGGAAGAUGAACGAGGCUGUUGAUGAGAAGGACAAGGAACUUGCCAAAAUCAACCGUGGUUAUGACAAGGAAGUAGGAAAUCUGGAGAAGGAUAAACUCAAAGGCGAUAAGGAGCAAAAGAAAAUGCGGGAGAUAUUAUGGCUGAUCAUUCGGAAGGCCGAUAAGCGGGAGAACACCAUGCAGGACUUCAUCGUCAGGCAUUUAUGA